AUAUAUAGAAAUAUAGAGAAGAGUUCAGAGCACAGAAUUGAAUGUGAUUUAACACUAUUUCAAUGGCUGAAUAGAAUGCCAACAUGAACGCAUUCCUGUGAUAUGAAAGUGCUUUCAAUCAUAUUAGCAAUGAAAUAAAGAGCGCACAGCGAAUCCUUGUCAAAAGGACACAAAGCGCGCUUCCUAGAAUUCCUUUCAUCUGCACUCCAUGAGAUUUUUCAUAUUAAUUCCAUUCCUGGGUUAUUAUUACGCUUUCUCGGACUGCAUUUUCCUCCCCUGUAAAUCCACUGAGGGUCGUGAAAAUUGCUGCUCAUCAUUAUUUCAUCAAGUUUCCAACCGCAGAUUUUCAAUGUCACAUUCUUCCUCUCUAAUACAUAAUCCAUCGAGUGCGACUGCCUCACUAGUUGUCCUGCGUGUAUUGGCCAAGGUGCAUCCCAUUCACAAGCGCGGACUCGCGGAUACCACAGUGUCUGCCAAGAUUGCCUCCCGGUGACGUAGGCGCGCACUUCAGAUGGAGUGUGAUCACAACAAAAGCUCCAUCUCGCUCCGGAAAUCGAUGAAAGCGCGCCGCCGCACUGGAUUUUCCACCAACAGACCCGGAAAAGCCGAGAGGACGGCACAGUUCGCGGGUGGAAUGCGUCGAGUGUGUCUAUAAAUACCUUUUUUUGUUGAUCGCGCCCAGAUUCAUCUCCUGACUCCUGAGCCUGUCCAGCGGACCCGAGUGUCGUGCAGAUUGCAGCCCGUGCGCGGGUCGAGUGGCGCCGAGUGUGCUAUGCAGGACAUCUACAGCCCGGGCGAGAUGUGAAAAAAGUCCCCCCACAGACAAGAAAUCAGUGGCAGGAGAGAGAAAGCACAAUUAGAGGAUAAUCCAGCUCGCAAGGAUGGAGAGGGAGAGUGCCCAUCCCGACGACGGGGACUCCGCCGGGGAUGUGAGGAACACGUAUGAGCCCCUGGGCGGCUCCAGGCGCCGCUACGAGCCAUCUGAGAGUCCCGACACGGACACAGGACCGCCCAAGGACCGCAAACGCAUCGCCUACAUGGCGCUGCUCACCGCCGGAGUCGGCUUCGUCCUGCCGUACAACAGCUUCAUCAUCGCCGCUGACUACUGGCAGGUGCGCUUCCCCGGGCGCUCCGUGGCCCUGGACAUGAGCAUGACGUACAUCCUGGUCGCCUUCGCCACGGUGCUGCUGAACAACGUCUUUCUCUCGCUCGUGCCGUUCAAGAUUCGUGUGCAAUUUGGCUACGCGAUCUCCUUCACGACGCUCGUGUUCGUGGCACUGUGCGAGGUGGCGUGGCACAUGUUCGCCGCCACGACGGCGUACUCCGUGACGCUGGCCGCCGUGUCGCUGGUGGCCAUCGGCUGCACGGUGCAGCAGUCCAGCUUCUACGGCUUCGCCAGCAUGCUGCCCAAGGAGUACACGCAGGCCGUGAUGGCGGGUGAGAGCGUGGCGGGAUUCCUGGUGUCCGCGAAUCGCGUGAUGACAAAGCUGCUGAUCGAGAACAACCGCGUGUCCACCAUGAUCUUCUUCCUCACGUCCAGCGCCUACAUUGGCAUCAGCUACGUCCUGCACACGGUCACCGUGCACUCGCCCUUCGUGCGCUACCACGUGAAGGCCUGCGCCAAGAUCGUGCUGCAGCCGUACGAGGGCCGCCAGUCGGACUCCAUCGACGGCGGCGAGUCGGCCAAGUACGGCGUGCUCACGCUGGACCCCAGCUCGCCCACGCAGCCCGCGCCGGCGCUCAGCUUCAGCAAUCCCGUGUACGAGCUGUCCAAUCCCACGGCGGGCGAGAACAGCCUGGACGCCGCCCUGUCGGAUGGCUCGCCGGCGCCGGCGGAGCCCAGCGUCGCCUUCAAGGUGGAGCACGUGCUGACGCCGGGCGCGUGCAGCCGCGGCCGCCUCGGGGACUUCCGCAGCGGCCUGGAGGCGCGCUGGCGCGUGGCGCACGCCAUCUACCCGUACAUGGUGUGCAUCGCGCUGGCCUACUGCGUCACGCUCUCGCUGUAUCCGGGCAUUGAGUCGGAGAUCAUCUCGUGCUCGCUGGGUUCGUGGAUGCCCGUCCUGCUCAUGUUCACCUUCAACUCCGCCGAUGUGCUGGGCAAGAUGCUCGCGGCCUUCCCGUACGCCUGGUCGCGCCGCCAGCUGACGCUGAUGUCCGGCCUGCGGACGCUCCUCGUGCCACUGCUGCUGCUCUGCUGCACGCCGCGCGAGCGCCCCGUGGUGAGUGGCGAGACGCCGGCGUUCUUCUUCACGGCCGCCCUCGGGCUGUCCAACGGCCUGGCCGGCAGUCUGCCCAUGAUGCUGGCGCCGGCCAAGGUGCCGGCCACUCUCAAGGAGGUCACCGGCAACAUCAUGACGCUGUCGUAUCAGGUGGGACUCACGGCGGGCUCCCUGCUCGGCUACAUGUUCGACUCGAUCUUGGGGCCGCAGCUACCCAAUCCCUGUCCCGUCUAUCCCUACAUUCCGUCGGCGCCUGUGAUAAACACCACCAUGGCCACCACGACAACGCUCCUCACCACCACGGCGGCCGCGCUCAACACCACGCAGCGGAUGCUGUCCACGGCGGCGGCCAACGCCACCACGAUGGCCAGCGACCUGCCCGACGACAUGCCGCAUAUCUUCUCGAUCGCUUCCACCACUUUCUACAACUCCACGCUGCUUCUCAACAACACUUCCUACGAAUUCAGCGACCUUACCAACUGAGCCCCUCUCUCUCUCUCACGUACUCCUUAAGCCGCGCCGCCGACAUGCCCCCCGGGCUGCAGGCCGGCGACGCUCUCUAUUACUAAAAUACCCUCUCUAAGUACUCUGUGAAGAGCAUUGCUAUACAUAUUGUAAUGAUAUUUAUACACGUAUGAAUAGUGUUAAGAGAUGAUAUUAGACGCAUUCAAUGCAUUUUGGACGAAAUAUCGUGUAUGGAAGACGCUCUGGAGGUGGAAACUAUCAAUUAUCUCUUAAAUGUAGCUAUAAUACUCCAUAAAAUUGAUCAUAUAAAAUAUAAUGGAAGUAUUUU